AUGUGGGCGAGCGUGGACAGCAAGGCCAAGUUCUUUGGGAUCCUGGACCAACUGGUCGCGGCGGGCAAGGCCCCCGAGCGGGUGGUGGCGUCGUUCAAGGACUUUUACGAGAACUACUCCACGGCCAUUGCGAGCAGCGGCAACCCCGGCUGCGAUGAGGCCUUCGCGACGCGCGUCCAGGCGACCAUUGCGGACGUCGUGUUUGCGCAGUUUGUGAGCCCCUACACCUUCCCGUCGUUCCACACGCGCAUCCUCGAGCCGUACGACUACUACAACUUUGGGCAGCGCUAUGUGGGCAGCCUCGUCAACUUCAGCUCCAGUGUCGUGGGCAACGCUGAGCGCCUGGACGAGAUCGAGGCGCAGCUGGCGGCGGGCCACAACGUGGUGCUGCUGGCCAACCACCAAACCGAGGCCGACCCCGGCGUUUUCGCGCACAUGACCGAGGCUACGCACCCACGGCUGGCCCAGGAGGUCAUUUACGUGGCGGGGGACCGCGUGGUGACGGACGCGCUGUGCAAGCCCUUCAGCAUGGGUCGCAACCUCUUCUGCGUGCACUCCAAGAAGCACCUCGACGACAUCCCGGAGCUCAAGGCCGCCAAGCAAGAGACCAACCGCCGCACUCUCGUAGCCAUGGCGCGCGCCUUUAAUGAGGGCGGCAAGCUGGUGUGGAUCGCACCCAGCGGCGGCCGCGAUCGCCCCAACGCCGAGGGCGUCUGGCGCCCGGACGCCUUUGACCCCAGCGCCGUGGAGCUGAUGCGCAACCUGCUGGCGCGCGCCAAGCAGCCGGGCCACCUCUACCCCAUGGCUAUGUGGAGCUGGAAGCUCAUGCCGCCGCCGCCCACGAUCGACAAGGCCCUGGGGGAGCGCCGCCUCACAAAUUACACCGGCGUGGGCAUCUCUGUCGCACCGGAGCUCGACGUGGACGCCGUGACCGCUGCCGCAGACGGCGACAAGGAGGCCGCGCAGCGCCUCCUGGCGGACGCGGCCCUGGAGGCGGUGCGCGAGCAGUACGCUGCCCUGGACCACGCCAUCGCAGACCCGGCGUGGCGGGCCACCCAGCAGCAGUUCUCUCAGCCCUGGGCAGGCAAGCGGGCAUGA